AUGGGAUGGAAGUUGACCUGGUCAAGCAGUGAACAAGAAGACGAGGGGCUGAAGGUGCUGCAGAAGUUUUGCAGAAGAAAAUACAGACGCUUUCUUACGAUUGCUUUAAAAAGCUCGAAAAUUCAUAAGCCAGAACUCAUAGCGACAGAAGUUCAAAGUGUGAAAUCUAUUGGAUUGAGCGCUGAUAAUGUUAUCACGGAUGCAACAGAUCAUGGCGAAUACAAUAUUUAUAAAGAAGAAACCAGCCAGCCAACUGUCUAUGAUGUUAUCGAAGAAAUCUUGAGCAGUCAGAGCAAGCCAAACCGCUGCCAUCCAGUCAAGUUGAUAUGGUACAAUCUUGAAUUCAAGUUCGGUCGUUGGAUAAAAUGUGUUUUGUUGUUGUCAGUACUGAUUGCAUAUGCACUUUUCGGUGGAUUGCUUGUUCACCAGUUUGAAGCACCUGCUGAACGUGAGCUGAAUGCUCAGCUUGAACAAAAAACCCUGGAGCGCCACAAAAUUUAUGCGAAGAAAAUAUCAGGAUUAUUUAUGUCGCCACACUGUCAGUCUAUAACAAAACACAGUGAUGACCAAAAUAGUACCAAGAUAGCACCGCUUUUAAAACAGAUAACAUGUAAUAGAAGGCUUGAGCUGCUACUAGAGGAGUACGAUGAACUAACGGACGUCUUGGCCUACAGGCACAAUCUCUGGAGAUGGGCCGAUUAUUGGAAUGCUGUAUUUUAUUGUGGCACUAUUUUUACCACCAUUGGUUUGAUAUGGAAACAUAUGGUGCCGGACCACCAAAGGCCGAAUUUUUACUAUUUUAUAUGCUUUGUUGGGCGUGCCGUAUAUGUUGGUAGUAUUAAACGAAUUUGGGAAGUUGAUUCUCCUGUAUGUACGCAGUAUUUGGCUUUUUAUCCGGAAAGGUUUCAAGUGCUUUACACAAUCUAUAUUAAGGUGAGCGAUUGA